AUGACACCGUCUGCCGGAAUCCAUGUGCCCCUCUUGCCUGGAUCCACACCGGCGGCGGGCCAAGGUUCAAUUCCCGGCGCCGUAUUUAAUGUCGCCACGAGCAUAAUUGGCGCUGGGAUCAUGUCAAUCCCGGCGAUUCUUAAAGUUCUCGGCGUUUUCCCCUCUUUCGCCUUAAUCGUAAUCGUGGCUGGGCUAGCCGAAGUAUCGGUGGAUUUUCUCAUGCGUUUUACACAUGCCGGUGAUACGACGACGUACUCUGGCGUCAUGAAGGAAGCUUUCGGGUCCGCUGGAGCAUUAGCCGCUCAAGUUUGUGUAAUACUCACCAACUUUGGGGGUUUAAUUCUCUUCCUUAUUAUUAUCGGGGAUGUUCUAUCUGGAAAGAAAAGUGGAGAUGAAGUGCAUUUGGGAAUUUUGCAACAGUGGUUUGGGAUUCACUGGUGGAAUUCCAGAGAAGUUGCUCUUCUCAUCACCUUGGUUCUUGUUAUGCUUCCAUUGGUCUUGUACAGAAGUGUAGAAUCCUUGAAGUACAGUUCUGCUGUAUCAACUCUUCUUGCUGUAUCAUUUGUUGCCAUUUGUUCUGGUUUGGCUAUUGUUGCUUUGGUGCAAGGAAAAACACAAACCCCUAAACUGGUUCCUCGGUUGGACUACGAGACAUCUUUCUUUGAUUUGUUCACUACAGUUCCUGUUGUAGUCACAGCAUUCACAUUUCAUUUUAAUGUGCAUCCUAUUGGAUUUGAGUUUGCAAAGCCAUCUGAUAUGAAAACAGCCGUUCGAUUAGCAAUAAUGUUUUGUGCUAUUCUCUACUUUACAAUUGGUUUAUUCGGCUACCUCUUAUUUGGAGAUUCAACACAAUCAGACAUUCUGGUCAAUUUUGAUCAGAGUGCUGAUUCUAUUGGUUCAUUCUUCAAUAGUUUAAUUCGUGUAAGCUAUGCACUCCACGUUAUGCUGGUGUUCCCUAUUGUGAAUUUCUCUUUAAGAGCCAACAUUGAUGAAGUAUUCUUCCCCAAGAAGGCUCUACUAGCCACAGACAACAAGAGAUUUUUGAUUCUCACUCUUGUGCUCUUAGUAUUUUCCUAUCUUGCCGCCAUAGCAAUUCCAGAUAUUUGGUACUUUUUUCAGUUUCUAGGAUCAACAACUGCACUAUGUCUUGCCUUUAUUUUCCCUGGCCUUAUAGUUUUAAGGGAUGCACUUGGAAUAUCAACAAGAAAGGACAAAAUAAUAGCACUGGUUAUGAUUAUAUUAGCUGUAGUAGCAAGUGCAAUUGCAAUUUCCACCAACAUAUACAAUGCUUUAAGUAGCAAGUCAUAA